UUAAAAAAAGAUCUAUAUUUUUAUUAACCUUUUUCCUUGAGAUGUUUAAGGCGAUCAUGCUGACACUCAUACUAAUAAAGCAGAGCCAAAAUGAUUUUCUGCAAUUAUAACUUAGAAAAUUAUGAUAUUCUUUUUCACUAUCCAAAACUCAAUCAAUAAUAUAAAGAAUGAAACAACCAAAAGAUCCUUAUUCAUACUCCCAAAAAAUUCAAAAUCCAAAAAUUGGAAGCGGUGGAUAUAGCAAUCAAAACACCAACAAUUCCCUAGACCCCAAAAACAAUUUGCACGAAAGACUCUCACAAAUAAUAUUUGGUGAUGCCUCCUUGACUGAAAUAGAACGGAGAUAUUUGAAUGCCGCGGAAAAGGGGGAUCAAAUUUCUCUUCACGAGAUUAUACAAGAAAAUCCGGGCCUGAAUCUUAAUUGUGUCGAUUACCUAGGCAGAAGCGCUUUGCAACUGGCAGUACUUGAGGAGCAGAUUGAUGUGAUCGACUUUCUAAUUCCUCGGAUGCAGUUGCAAAGGGUGGGGGAGGCCUGGCUCCAUGCUAUUGACAAAGGUAAUCUGGCCAUAUGCGAACAAAUCUUGCAGCAUCCAUUCCAUAGAAAUACACGUGUCAAGAACCAACUUCUCGGUAACGAUUCUUUCUUCAGUACUGAGACGGAAAACCUGAGUUUUUCAGCCGAUAUGUCACCAAUUAUUCUGGCUGCACACAGGAAUAAUGUGAAGCUUAUUCAACUGCUCUUGGCAAAUGGGGCCGUAAUACCACGACCCCACGCUUACGACUGCAAGUGCAUAAGCUGUAGUAAUCAACGAAAAUUUGAUUCCGUAAGACAUUCGCGCUCCAGGCUUAACGCUUAUAAAGGGUUGGCCAGUCAGGCCUAUAUAAGCCUCUCUAGCAAUGACCCACUUAACACGGCAUUUGAACUCAGCAAGGAGCUCGCCGACCUGUCCAAAGUGGAAAAAGAAUUUAAGAUGGAAUACGUAAAUCUCAGCAACCAGUGUAAAGAUUAUUCCGUUGAUCUUGAGAACUUAUGUCGAUCCACCGACGAACUGCUAACAAUUUUAAAAGGCAAAUCCGUGCCAAAGCCUAGAAACAAAUUUAUUAAAAGUGACAGGGACAAGAAUCUCAUGAUGAAUAUAGACGCUUUCAAUGCCGACGAAAUAGACGGCUCCGAGUUGAAUAUGCUCAAAAUUGCCAUCAAAACUAAACAGAAAAAGUUUAUAUCGCAUCCUAGUUGCCAACAACAACUCUCCAUAUUUUGGUAUCGAGGCUUUACCUUUUGGCAACAUUGUAAUUCGAUGGGAAAAAUAGCUAUAGUCUUUCUAGUAGGAAUUUUUAUCCCUUUACUGGCACUGGGGUAUUACAUCGUGCCUAUCAAGCAAUUUCGUAGAUUUUUGCAAAGUCCUAUUAUGAAUUUUAUGAUGCAUGCCAUGUCUCACGUGAUCUUUCUUCUACUCCUGGGGCUUUUGAGUGUGAGAAAUGAUCAGCUGUUUCGACAGAUGUUGGGUUUACCACCGUUGGCAACAUACUUAAACGAUAACACCAAGGAAGAAUUACAUGAAGCUCAAUACCUAUACUUGUUCGGCAUAAUUCAUUUGUUAGUCGUGCUGUGGGUUAUAGGUUAUUUGGUCAAUGAAGUGAACCAGAUUUUCAACGAAGGACCUGUCAAUUAUCUCGCUGAUUGGUGGAAUUACUUAGAUUUUAAUCUCAUUCUUCUCUACGUUGCCGCUUACGCUACACUCUUCACCAUAUACUUCAAAACUUACAAUGCAAUUAAUUUCACGACCUUUCAAGACUUUUUGGCCGAUAUUGAGGGCCGCAAUGGAAAAAGAUCCGAAUCCUUAGAAACACCUGUAGCUAUUUUCAACGUAUUCUUCUCUUUCGCAAACGUAAUGAGUUUCAUGCGUAUGGCUUACUUUUUACCCGCUAACGAGCAAGUCGGUCCAUUGCAAAUUAGUCUGGGCCGGAUGCUGGAAGAUAUAGUUAAAUUUGGAUUUAUUUUCGUGCUAGUUUUGACGGCCUUCAUUUGCGCUAUGACUAAUUUGUAUGGAAUGUACAGUAAAGAAGGAUCGAACGACAGUUUUACAUCACUGGAAGGCACUUUCAGGAUACUCUUUUGGUCUACUUUCGGCAUGGGUGAACCCAACGCUCCUAAAUUCGAUAAUAAAUCAAGGAUUUUCAUCCAGAAUUCGGGUUAUAUUCUUUAUGGAAUGUACACAGCUACUUCAAUAGUCGUACUCGUUAAUAUGCUCAUAGCUAUGAUGACCGAUUCAUUUCAACAAAUCAAAGAUGACGAAGACGUUGAAUGGAAAUACGCCCGUUCUAAGCUUUGGAUGUCCUUCAUCCAAGAACGCGAAUAUUUGCCUAUCCCCUUUAAUUUGCUUCCAUCGCUCGAUUUCUUGAGUGGAAUUUUAUUUGCCGUGGCUGAACUUGUAAAGCACACCAGUUUAUUUAUAAUGCGAAAAGCGUCAUUUCAUCGAGGUGCUAAUGACCCCAAGAUUUUCAAUAAAAAUCGGAAAUUAGCAUUGACCAAUGGGCUGAACCGGGAAAAUAUGCGGGAUGGAAUUAUUGACGAAAAAUAUGAUAUUAUGAUGAGAAAAAUUAUAAGACGUUAUUUGCACGCAAUUCUGUACACAGGAAUUCCCCAAAAUGAAGGUGACACGAUUGACAUUAAAUACGGUAUGCUAAAGCAAGCUAACGAAAAAAUGAAGAGCGACAUCAAUGAACUCAAAGGUAUGCUUGCAGAGUUUAUAGACAACAAAUAUUCCAGCAACAUGUACCCUAGGAGAUCUUUUAACAUAGGAGGAAAGGAUCUCAACAUGAAACUUUGAAUCAGAAAUCAUUUUCGUUUCCCACUCGAUUUUCAUAAAAUAUUUCGAUUAUAUUAUAGUGAUGGAUUUUAAUUGCUCGAUAUAUUAAUUAUAUAUAUAUAUUUACUAACUAUACACCCACUCACCCU